AUGAAGGGUUUCAGCGCGGGUAUCCCCAUCGCCAUCCUCGCUGCCUUGGGGCAGGUGCAGGCCCAGGCGCAGGUCCAGGACGUCGCCAAGCGUCAAUUCGGUUCGCCGUUCGAACACCACAUCGAACACGGCCUUGAAGAUGUCUUUGAUCAUCCCCCUCACCCACACGGUGGUCCUCACGGUGGUCCGCCCGGCGGACCGCAUGGUGGCCCCCAUGGUGGCCCUGGUCCUGCUGCACACCCUCCCAUGGCCCACGCUGCUCGUGCUUUCCGUCCUGGUGAGGAUGCGCCCAGCAUUGACAGCGAUCCAUUCUUCAGCGAGGGAUUGAAUGAGGGCCGGCCUGCAGACCACGGCCCUUCUGCCGUCCCGACUUGCUCGACCCGGACUGAGCACGUCGUCCAUACUAUCACCAAGACCGUGACUCCCGAGCACGAGCACAAGCACACUCCCACAUCGCACGCAAUCGGUCUUGACCCGGCCGCUCACGUACCCCAGUCUUCGUCGUCGUCGUCUGUCCACGCUCCGGUUACCACCCCUGCUGUGGCCCACGUCGCGCAUUCCUCUUCUACUGUCCAAGCUCCUCAUACUUCGUCUGCGGCGCACAUUGACAACGUGCCUCACACGUCCUCCGCUGUUCACAUCGUGAAUGCGCCUCAUACCUCUUCGGCUCACUCAGCCCUGAUCCCGGCGUCUACCCAGGCCCCAACUAGCACUGCCGCUCACGGGCCCGUGGCUACCUCCACCUCGACUGUCCACGCACCUAUGAGCUACAACGUCAUCCCUGUCCACGUGCCCUCCUCGUCGCACAGCUCCAUCAAGCUGCACGCUUCCAACACUCCCUCGUCCUCUUCUGCCUACCCCAGCGGUGCCGACGGUACUCGUUUCCACGGCACCUACGGCACCCCUGGCGCUGGUGUUUCGUUCACCGGUGCUGGUGCUCACCUCGUGCCCAACACUGGCAUUGUUACUGCUGUCUGCGGAUUGCUUGGUCUGUUGGCUUCCACUCUUUAA